AUGGCUACUGUGAACAUGAACUGCGUUGAAUUCUAUAACCCCAACCCCAAACCCGCCUUAAAGGCCUCACACGCUCAGCUGACGAAGUCAUUGUUGAACAAGCCCCGACUGCCUCUACAACCCAGCAGGUCGCCAUCUGCAAUGUUAGCGGGGGAUGUUCAAGAUAACGACUCACUAGAUGACUCUCUUCCAUCACUUGAAGAGCUGGGCCACCUGCUUACUGAUGCCACAACCUUGAACUCAGCCUAUGUGCCAGGCAAUACUCAAAGAGAGCCCCUAAUCAUCGAAGACGACAGCGACGAUGAAAGUAACGACGAAGCUGAGGGUAGAACUGCCUCAAGCGAUCACCUUGCUAUCAUUAAGGACCAAGACGCAAGCGAGUGUGACCUAACCCCUCAAGAUGCUGCCUCAACCCCGAGUAGCCUAUUUGGCCCGUCCACUCCUCGAGACGCGGCAUACCUCAAUGUCAGUUGUUUCUCUAAGGAUGGACAACAAUGCCUGUCUUUCGCAGAGCUGGACUCAACAUUCCCUGUUCACGUUCGACAAUCUUCUCCAAGUUGCUCUGAGCUAGCUGAAACAACGGGCCAUGAUCGAAUUCACCAGGGUGUUGAGAAGGCCAUAGUCGACGAAAUGAGCCUUCUCAACUACGCGGUGGAUCCAGAAGCGCGGGGGUCGCCGCCUUUAAGCGCAGCCCACUCCCAAUACAAUCAGAUCAAGCAAAAAAGUCAAAAUAAUACAGACGUUCGAGGUACUUCGAGCGAAGAACGAUUAUGGGAAAAGACGAUUGAACAGCAGCAUUGCCAACAAAAAGUGCAAGAAGACGAAGACAAGGACGACAUGGAGGCGACUAGCAGUGAUAAUAAUGGCCAAGUUAGUUACUGCCAGCAAAUAAUGACGACCGUUCAGCACGAACAAGUGGAAGAUGAGACCGUAGUUGUGACUCCUCUCUCACAAGACCGCCAACACAGUGUCAACCCAUUUCAAAAGGAUAAUGAGGAUAACGACAAUGAGGAUAGUGAAGAUGACGAGGAUGGGGAUGUGCAACCUCCAAUGCGACGAAAGCGGCCCUGCAGAGAGUUUGACUCGACUGAAACCGCCAUGCGCAAGAAGGUCCACACGCGCUCGUCCACUACAGCCCAAGCCCAGACCUGCUCUACUCGAAGUUCUACAGUUUCUCAGACUGCACCAGAUGAUGCGGAGUCAAUGCUAGGCGCGGACUACGAGGAAUAUCCUCUUCAGGGCUUUCUCAAGCUGCUAGAUCUCCCGGAUUCGUUCAAGCCAUCAAUCGGUCUCCACAUAUCAAAUUACACAUCUAGCGGAGAACCAGUUGGAGUGUCAGCUCAUUCACAGGUUUGCGCUCAUGCAAAGAGGUCACCGCGAGCUGGGCAGAAGCAGAGAAAACGACCGCCUUUGCAAGAAAAAAUUAUGAGCAGACCUGGUAGGCAAUCGACAUAUUCAGCAGCUGAUAACGAACUGUUGAUACAGCUGAAAGAGGAUGACAAAUUGCCAUGGGACGAAAUUGCAGAGUUCUUCCCAGGAAGGACCAAAGGGACGUUACAAGUACACUACAGCACAAAGCUGAAGAACCGCUCGCGGAAGUCGAAGUAUAAAAAAUGCAAGGGAAUAUGCUCAUCAGGGUUUUCAAUAGACCUAGUUGAUCCACAGCUUCGAGAUGCCCAUCCUUCCACACCAUGUCUAGCAGCAACUGCCGACUCUAGCAAGGGUGCUCAUAGAGGCAUACUAUCAACUGGGAACAAAAAGCAUAUAACAAUGCAGCCGCGUUGUAGCAGCCAAGGAGUGGAAAGCGAUACAGAUGAGAUCUGCGAGGUUGAAGCGCUGCUUGCCAAGUCGAUAGUACUUAAUGUUGUUUGGUACCUCGUGAAGUGGGAAGGCUUUGGUGAUGAUAAAAAUACGUGGCAGGAACAGGACGACAUCAGUUCGGAUCUCGUUGACAAUUUUGAGGCGACCUAUCAAGGGAACUUCAGUGUGGAAUUACUCAAGAAGCGAGAACGGAGAGGGAAAAUUGAAUAUUUUGUUAAAUGGAAGGGCCGUCCAUCGGAUGAGAAUUCCUGGAGAAGGAAGAUACAAUACACUCUGAAUAAAUUAAAGAGUUUGAGGCAAGGUGAUGCAGGAAAUCAUUGCAUUGUAUCUUAG